AAUAAAAAUGUCCUCGCUUGUUAAUAAUCAAUAGGAAUUAGUUAAAUUAAUGCUUUUUGUACAAUAGAUAUUUUAGUGUAUUAAUUUUUAAAUGCGUACGAAGUACAAUAAACUCAGUUUUAUGUUUGGAUGCACUUUAUAUGGGUCAAUGAAACGUUUUCAAUGAUAAGAAUCUGAUCAUAUCUGUGGUGACAUCUAGUAAGAAAAUAUAGAACGAUUUUUUUUCAAGUUAAUAAAGGGUAGGUUGCGCCGUGGUGCAGGAUAUUUCCAAGGACGGAUGGAGGGGAAAAUCCCCCAGUGGCGCGAAACAGCCGUUAGAGGGCCGAACGUCGCCGUUGCUAGGAAACAGUGCCAGCUGGGAAGCCAUGACAAGAAAGUUGGACGGUCGAACAACAGAGUGAUGCCGACUCUGAAGGAAAAAGUCGUCGGUUUACUGAGACAGUUAUCGACUGGGAACGAAACCAAGUGCGAUGGGAAGGCACAGUGCAUAUCUGCACCCGUUCCACCGCCCAAAUCCUUCAUAGAAAAGUACCUUAAUGGUGAAGUUCGUAAAACUCAACCCGACAUCUUCUGUGCCAAAUCAAGCGAUGAUCUUCCAGUGAAAGAACUUGCCAUAUUUUCAAAUGAUAUUAUUGCUUCCCAUACCGGACCAUCUGGUGGUCUCACAAGAGUCAAUAACAGGUCCAAACCAUUUGAAAGAAUUGAUCUUGACGUCGAUUUUAUCGAUGAAGACUUCGUCAGCAGUUGCGAUAAUAUUUCAACUUUGCUAAAAGAUGAGGAGAGAUUCGGUGAAGAACCAAAAAAAUUAGCAGAACAAAGAAGAGAUUCGGGAACUUCAAGUGAUGACGACGAAAUUGCGGGAAUUAAAGAUUGGAACAUGCCCAAUGAGAAUGCAUUUGGCAUUUCCACAACAUUAUAUGAAUUUAAUCCAAUUACAAAAGCAAAUGCAGGUGAUCCCAUUGCAGAUUGUUUUGGUAUCUGCAUGAGACAAAACAAUGCCAUAAUUGCUUUGGCUGAUGGCGUUAACUGGGGAGAAAAAUCGAGUUUAGCAGCUCGCUGUGCAGUGCAUGGAUGUAUGGAAUAUUUAAAUAAUGCAUUCUUUUGUGGAGGAGCCAAAAUUUCCAAUACAUCAGUAAGUUAACACAAAACUCAUAAGUAUAAAAUAGUUUCCAAAUCAUAAAAUAA